ACACAAAAGUGAAGUUGGACAAUGAUCAGAACUAACCUCUAUUGAAAUAAGGAAAGCAAUUUGAAAAUAAUUUCAAUCUUGUUAUAACUAAACCAGUGUUUUCGUUGAAUGACAAUUUUUGAUCUUAUUGUAAAAAAACCCCAAUAUGUUGGCUAGAAGAUUUGUAAUGGUUGUAACUCCUUACGCGAAAUGUUCAAUAAAUGUUAUAAUGAAUUCAGGUAAACAUAGAAUGUAUUGUAUUAAUCGCAAACAGAACGGGCAUUAUCGAAACUACAGACUAUUAUCAACAGUUCAUAAUGUUCCUGAGGAGGUUCUGACUAAUGGGGAUGAAAGUCAAGCAGAUAAUGGUAGCGAAGAACAUGAAAUUGACUAUGACACAAUCACUGGUGGCAAUAAAGAUAUGGAACAUAAACUGAAAAUUAUUAUGUUGGAAACAGAAGUUAUGAGACAGGAGGGUCACUUGGUACCUGAUAAUAAUUUUUUUACAACCAGCAUGUGGAAAGAACUAAUGACUUUGAACUCAAAAUCUGCUAGGACAAGACAUCUACAUUAUUUGUUUAAAAUUUCAAAGAUAAAAGAAAACAGAAAAGCGAAAAAGUUGGAGAAGAAAAUGCUGUACGAACAGGAACGUGCCAAAAUGGAAGGUGAAGAAAGAAAGAAUCUACCAAUAGAAGAACAUGCCCUUCGUUAUGGAUUGUGCUAUAAUAACCUUUUUUUGAGAUUUUACGACACUACAAUAAAUAACCUGUACAACUACAGGCUCAUUCAAGCCAUGCAGUUUGGACAAAAGCUUGUAAUUGAUUGUGGGUAUGAACAAAAUAUGACCAAGCUUGAAAAUCACAAUUGCGCAAAACAGGCAAUGCUUAGUUUUGCCCAAAACCGGAUCGGUAAAGAUCCUUUCGAUAUUCAUUUCUGUAACAUGAAUAGAGAAGGGGAAUUUGGUAAAAUGAUGAAGAAAUAUUUUCCUACAAUAGAUGAGCCUAGUUUUCCAUUGAACAUCCACGAAAAGAGUUACCUAGAUCUUUAUCCAAAGGAGGACCUAAUUUAUUUAACACCUCACUGCCAACAAGAAAUGGUAGAGUAUGAUCCCCAUGCAAUUUAUAUAAUUGGGGGCAUAGUGGAUAAGAGUAACCACGCUCCUUUAUCUUUAGCAAAAGCAAAAAAGGAAGGAAUCAAAAUGUAUAAAUUUCCUUUAGAUCGCUAUCUUCAUUGGGGCGCAGGAUCUGGAAAAUCAUUGACCCUCAACCAUUGUGUUUCUAUAAUGAUGGACAUUAAAAACACGGGUAAUUGGGAGUAUGCAUUAAGACACGUUCCAAAAAGAAAACUGGUAGAUACUUACGUAAGUUCGCCAAAUAAGAAAUUUUCGAGAAAAAAUGGAAAUAUGUGGGCACCUAAGUAUAACAAUUAUCAAAAUAGGGACUUUAAAUCAGAUAGAAAUAAGAAAUUGAAUUUAUAUUUGAAUAAUAAAUAGUUCCUGAGAUAUUUACUUGCUCU